ACAACAACGCAUACAACAACCUGCCUCUCCUCUCAAACCUUCAUUUAAUUAGACCACGGAUUCGACUCCGGUAGACGAUGAUCAGAUAAUAUGGACAUGGCUUGUCCGCUCAGAAUGAUCGCUAUAGCCGUCGAAGAUGACGACCUGAUGUUCGGCGGCAGGCCGCUGUGCGCGUGGCACGAGGAGCACCGGAGGAGCCUCAUCUCGCGCAUCGUCGACGACAGCGACAACAACGACGACGACGACGAGGACGAGGAAGAGGAGGAGGAGGCGGAGAAGGGGGAGGAGAGAGAGAAGGAAGAGGAGGAUAGGGGGGAGGAGGAGGAGGAGGAGGAGGAAAGAGGGCGACAGCGCGAGAGGCGAGGUCGGAGCGAGGGCGGGCUGCAUCAUGAUCGCCACCAUCAUGACCAUCGUCGCGGCCAGGGCGCCCCCAACACGCGGCAUGGCGACCAACAAAGUGAUACUUGGUAAGGUAAGCUGAGGUAGGUACCUAGGUAUCUAUGACCGCUAAAUAUUCAUCACAAACAUACCUAGGCACGUCGUCACACGGCAGAAUCAGGGGGGGAAUACUGAACUCCUGCUCUGGCAUGUCUCGCUUUCCACCGCACCAAUCUUCCUUAAUUGCAUCCUUCUCCUUCUCGGAGGCGCAAAUUCGAGUAUCGAGGAUUCUUGAACCGUUUGGGUAAUUACUUCACAAUGCUCAGUCCGUAUGUGGGAGAGGUACGUCAGCCCGCCGCUCCCCGCGAGGGUGACAUCAGACGAUAUGUAAUUACUUAUAUUAAUAUCAACUGUGUGGAUAAUAUCCCAAUUCUCUUCAGUUAGGGUUUCAAUAGCAUGGUAGAU